AUGCCGUGCCAACAAGACCUUGAAAACGGCAAAUCCAUACAUUGGGAAACCCCGUCGCAACAGCCGCAGCUGGCCCGAGAUCUGGAACUAGACACAAUGAACAACACGGUGGUUAAUACCGUCAACAACACCGUCAACAACACCGUCAACAACACCGAUGAUGAAAGCGCAGGCGAAAAACCAGAGGCAGUCUCAUAUUUUUCAGGGUCGGCGCACCCCAAGAGCAUAUUGCCGGUAUUGCCCGUGUUGCCCAGCAAGCAGCUCUAUCAAGUUGGCUUCGAUGGCGCUGGAGAUCCUCUUCAUCCAUUCAACUGGUCGACUCUGAUGAAAUUAUACGUGUGCUUCGCGUGCUGCAUAAUAUGCCUCGCGGUCACCUUGGGUUCCGCCAUGUUUUCGGCUUCGCAGCCAUCUUUGAUGAAAGUGUACCACAUCGGAUGGACCCCAAGUGCCUUGGCCACCUCACUCUACGUCUUUGGGUUUGCUUCAGGGCCAGUCGUGUGGGGACCAGCGUCAGAGUUGUAUGGACGCAAGAUGCCCUUGUUGAUAUCGGCGUUGGGUUUCGUUUCUUUUGCAUUUGGAGUCGCCACGGCCGAGAACAUUCAGACAAUCAUGAUUUGUCGCUUCUUUUGUGGGUUCAUUGGCUCGGCCCCCUUGGUGGUUGUUCCUGCCAUCUUUGCCGACAUUUUCGAUGCGCAAACCAGGUCAAAGGCGUUGGGCAUCUUUUCAAUGGUGUUGUUCGGGGGUCCCAUGAUUGCACCCAUCAUGGGCGGCUUCACUGUGAAAAACGCAGAGCUCGGCUGGAGAUGGAACGGAUAUUUUAUUGCCAUUGUUGGUAGCUUGGGGCUAUUCUUGUGUUUAUUUGUUCCCGAGACCUUGGCCGACAUUAUCUUGGUUCGCAAAGCCGAGGCCUUGAGGAAGCAAACUGGUAUUUGGGGGUUGCAUGCUCCGCAUGAAGAAGUUUCGCUAUCUGUCAAGGAGAUUGUGCAGACCCAAAUAUCAAGACCGUUGAAGAUGCUCUUCACUGAACCUAUCUUGUUUCUCAUUUCCAUUUACAACGCAUUCGUGUACGGGUUGCUUUACGCAUUCCUCACUGCCAUUCCAUUGAUAUUUUCAGGCAAGUACGGGUGGUCCAGCGGGGUUGGUGAAUUGCCCUAUAUUGCCAUGUUCAUUGGAACUCUCCUUGGUGGUGUCAUUGUGUCAGUGUUUGAAUUGAGAUCAAAGAGAAUCACGGCAGCCAAAGGCACUGCUUCACCCGAGGAGAAAUUGCCACCAAUGAUGGUGGGCUCAGUUUUGUUCGCAAUUGGAGUGUUUUGGCUCGGCUGGGCAGGUGGGUUCGGCAACAGAGUCCACUGGAUCGUCCCGACUCUUGGAGCUGUGCCCAUUGGCAUGGGGCUAAUUGCAAUUUUCUUGCCAUGCUUGACAUACCUUGUUGACUGUUAUCUUUGCUAUGCCGCCAGUGCCAUCGCUGCAAACACGUUCUUGAGAUCUUCGUUCGGUGCAGCAUUCCCAUUAUUUGCAAAACAAAUGUUUGACAACUUGGAGAUCAAGUGGGCAGCGACUUUGAUCGGCUGUAUUGCGGUGUUAUUGAUUCCAGUCCCUUUUUUAUUUUACGUUUUUGGUGAGCAGUUGAGAGCGAAAUCCAACUUUUGUCUGUCAAGCCUUGAGAAAGUGAGUGCUGAGACUAGACAGCAGCGUCAGCUAGUGUCAGAACAAACUACUUUGCUGGAACUUUCUGUAUCAAAAUAG